UGAAACUAACUCAUUUGCACACCGGCUUGAUGUUCUUGGUGUUGCUUUUCUGUGACAUUAUUGGAAUAAUGUUUAAAGAAAGAAAAGAAAAAUGAGUGAAGAUAAAAAGGAAGUGAAAAUGUUGUCAGCAGACAGGUUAAACCCGUUUUACAAAACCGACGCAACGGGGACUGCACCUGUGAGGAGUCCAAGAGUGUAUGUCAAAAAGGGCAAAAGAGAAGACACUUUGUCUACACCGAAAACAAGUAUUGUGCAUGGGUUAAAAGAGAUGCCUUUACCCGAUAACCCGAUAUUCCAUGCUCCUAUGGUAUUAGUAAACACAGACAAUGGUAAAACAACCUGCGAUGAAACAACAUUAUCCAGAUUGAGAGAAAUUGAGCAAACGCUGAACAUAGUUUCUGUCGUUGGCACGCUUAGAACUGGAAAAUCUUUUCUGUUGAAUAAAUUAGCCGGUGCAGUGAGUAAAGAAGCGUGCUUUGAGAUCGGACAUACCACAGAUUCUGUAACAAAAGGGAUAUGGGUUAUGUGUCGACCUCAUCCUACCAAAGAUAAUCAAGUUGUUGUCUUGCUGGAUACAGAGGGGAUAGAUGACCCAGACAAGGUUGAUAUUGAAGACGACAAAAAUCUGUUCAUACUCGCCACGCUUUUGUCUAACACAUUAGUAUACAACACACGAGGAAAUUUCGAUAAAACUACCAUUGAUAAAUUUAAGUAUCCUUUCUACUAAACAUAUGCUUAAAAUCUUUAUUUACUUAUUUCAAUGGAAGACCUAACUUUGUAUUUAUGGACGAGAGUAGGUCUAAAUGUAAAUUUCUAAACCGGGACUUUAUUUAUGUUUUUUACAUUCAUUACUUAUCGCUGUAAUUUAUCAAAGUUUAUCUCAAGUA